UGCAGAUCGCGGAAGUGCCUUGUGCCGGAAGCGGAAGUGCCUUGUGCCGGAAGCGAGGGAAGCGGAAGCGACGGGUGGGACCGAGCGGCGAGAGGAAUGGAGCCGCUGCCGCCGGGGGACGACGAAGAGGAGGAGGAGCCGUGGCCGGAGGUGGAGGCCUCCGGGCGACGGGAGCUGAGCCUGGAGUUGAGCGCGGCGCUCGAGCGAAGGGUGCGGGCGGCGGGGGGCUGCCUGCCGGCCGCGCUGGGCUCCCUGGGGGCGGCGCUGCGGUCGCUGGAGGUGCGGGGCGGCGGUUCCGCGGCCUUGCGCGAGCCCGGGCCGGCCCUGGGGCGCUUGACGGGGCUGCAGACGCUGGCGCUCACGGGCUGCGCGCUCGGCCCGGCGGGGCUGGCCCGGGCCGGGCGCCUCCUGCCGGCCACGCUGCGCACCCUCGACCUCUCUGGCAACGGCCUGGAGGAGCUGCCGCCGGAGCUGGGUGGAGUCGCCGUCGUCUCCGCCGCGGGGGAGCCUGAGGCGGGCGUGAGGGGCGCUCCUGCCGCCGCCCUGCCGGAGUUGCGCCUCCUCAACCUGCGCCGCAACCGCCUGCGCGAACUGGGGCCCGGCUUGGCGCGCUCCGCCCCGGCCCUGCAGGAGCUGCUUCUGGGCGGCAACCGCCUGCGCGCCCUCCCUGGGGGUCUGCUCCCUGCGGACGACGACCGCCGCGCCGCCCCCCUGGCCUUGCUGGGCACCCUCGAGGCCGCCGGCAACGAGCUGGAGGAGCUGGGGCCCCGCAUCUCCCGCCUGGUCGGCCUCAAGAUCUUGGAUGUUUCCAACAACAUGUUAUCUGAAAUCCCCGUGGAGUUGGCUGACUGUCCUAAGCUGAAGGACGUCAAUUUGAAAGGAAAUGCCCUCAAAGACAAGCGGCUUGAGAAGAUGGUGAACGGCUGCCAGACAAAAUCUAUCCUGGAGUACUUGCGCGUCGGGGGCCGAGGGGGUAGCAAAGGGAAAGGCAAGCAGGAUGGUGCCGAGAGGGAGGAGUCGAGGAAGAAAAAGAGAGAGAAGAAAAAGAAAAAAGCCGGCAGCGAUGAAGAGGAAGAGGUGGAAGAAGCCCAGAAACUGCUUGUGAAAGUUCUCCGCAUUUCUGAGAAUCCAGCCCCGUUGGUUGUGAAAGCCAGCCCUGGCGUCAAAGAUGUCCGCCCCUAUAUUGUAUGCUGUGUGGUGAAAGGAAUGGACUUCAAGCCAGGCAACGCUUUGAAGAGGUUUCUUUCUGCUCAGACCAAACUCCAUGAGGACAUCUGUGAGAAGCGAACAGCAGCCACUAUCGCCACCCACGAUCUGCAGCUGGUGAAAGGUCCUCUUCUUUAUGAUGCUUGGCCACCAGAUGAUUUGAAGAUCAUCCCCUUGGGCCGGAAGGAAGUCAAGGCCAAGGACCUCCUCCGGCAGCUGCAAUCGGAAGCUGAGGAGCAGCGAAAGCAGAAGAAGAGACAGAAUAUCUCUGGAUUGCACAAGUACCUCCAGUUACUGGAUGGCAAAGAGAAUUACCCCUGCCUGGUUGAUGCUGAAGGUGCAGUGAUUUCUUUCCCACCAAUCACAAACAGCGAAAAGACAAAGCUUGGGAAAACAACCUCAGCUCUCUUUCUAGAAGUGACCAGUGCCACUAGCCUGCAGAUAUGCAAGGAUGUGAUGGACACCCUCAUUCUAAAAAUGGCGGAGCUGAACAGGUCCACUUUGGAGAAUGCAGACAGAGACCUGGGUUCUGAUCACGAAUCGAACGAGAUCGCCGUGCAUGAAAAUUCAAGACUUGAAGGCGUUUCCAAGAACUCCCCUCUAAUGUUGGAACAGGUUCGGGUUGUGGACGUGGAUGGGAACUUAAAAGUCCUUUACCCUUCCAAAACUGAUCUCAGUACGGUCUCAUCUCUCAUCACUGUAAUUCAUUAAGCACCUUUGCAGGGCUGGGGGGUCCUUGUUGUGGGGCAUGUUAUGCAGCACUUGUAAACAGUAGCCUCGCUUUGCAGUUUUAUUUUGUUUUUUAAAACCAAAUGCAAGAUAUCCAGUGCCGUGCUUCAGAGAGGGUUUGCUUGACGAUUAACAGUACAGGAUUUUGUGGUCUUGAGAGAGACUCAAAAACCAGCUUGGUUAAUGAAACACAAACCUCCCACCUAAGCCCGGGAUCUGCACAGAUCUCUUUUGAAUAAAAGUGCAAGAUGAUAUUCAUUUUAAUGAGAAACACUAUCUAUAUGGCACAGGGGUACUCUCUAAUCCCUGCUUGGGCAUAGCCACCCCAUGGCAGAUGGCCCUGGUCAACAACCAACUUUUGAAUGGUCGGUGAAGGACCAGCAGCAUCGGCUCCACCCCCACGCCUUGUUCCUGCCCCAGGCAAGAUGCUCUUUAGUUCCCUCCAUCCCAGUGUGAGCGGCAGCAGCAGAGCUCUCCCUUCCCACCCUUGAGCUCCUCUUUCCCGCAUCUUUCUGGGAUGUUGAAAGAGGCGGCAGUCGAUCCCUCUGAUGCUCUUUAUAAAUGGUGAGUGGUGGGAGCCCCUUCUGCCUGUAUCUCACCUGGUGCAGAUCAAACCAGGAUGAUGUCAGGAGGGGGCUUCUGGUUAUGGUGAGGCCAGAUGGGAGAUUUCAUGGGGUGGAGACUGGGUCCCCUGAUAACCAGUUGGCAUGCUUUCUAGCAAAGCAAAGUGUGGCCUCUUGUGCAGAAUGAAGCCACUGCUUCAGACCCUGAAGUCUGGUUUGUACUCUUGAUGUGAGUUGCUGCUGCUCUCUGGGGUCUUCCCCAUGGCCCCCAGGGGCUCCAACUCAUGGCACUCUGUGUCUUGUAAAGUAUGAGGGAUGCCAGAGCUGGUCCUUCCCCUCGGCACGUCCCUUGCGGAUUCUGUCCACAUCUUGCCAGCAGAGAAGCGUGGAGCCAGACAGCUGGGGGCCAUGGACUUGCGUGCCUUGGACAGUAGACACCCCCUCUCCUCCCCUCGGCCCACAUGGCAGACACUGUUUUCGAAACUGACAGUUCUUUCAAAAUCCGAUAGUGAUUUGGACUCGGGGAGUCUCAUGAGCCACUCUUCAAAAGGGGGGAAACAGCAAUCACACUGGACCAGCUCAAAUCCUUUGGCCGUGCCUAAAAUACUUGCAUGCAUUGUGCCCUCCGUGAUUGCAUAGAAGAACUGGGAAGUGUGACAGCCAGUAAUGUUAAGAGUACAAAUAAAAGGAGCAAAUGCAAAGUA